UCCUUCGGAUUUAGUACCGGUGAAGAGUCAUCCGGAAGAUUACGUAAGGUAGAUAGUGCAGCCCCUAAUUGUACUUAGAACUUCUAGUUACUAUAAGGGGAGAUGAAAUAAAAGAGCAAUAGGAUUCCUAAUCGAAUAAUGGAGAAGUGAAGAUUUCGAGAUACUUUUUUGAAAUAUCAACUUCCUACCAAGUCUAAAUAUUUGCGGGAACCCCACCAAAAUGGCCUCAUUGGAGAAUUUGUUGGAGUCCGCGGUGAAGGAUGGUACAACGUCUGGGAUUGUGGUAUUCGCUAAGGAUAAAGACGGCAAGGUUGAUAUCGCAAAGGCGUUCUCACCUGAGAAUGGGACGCCAUAUAAUCUGGACAGUGUGAUGGAGAUAGCUUCCAUGACCAAGUUCCCUACGUCAGUUGCCGCGUUGCAAAUUGUUGAAAAAGGCCUUAUUACGCUUGACGAGGACUUAUCGCAUCUACUUCCAACUCUUGCAGAACAAGGUAUCUUGAUUUCUGUGGCAGACGAUGGAACUCCGACGACGCGCAAACGGCAAAACCCCAUCACGUUGCGCCGGUUGCUAUCGCAUAGUUCUGGUGCUGGAUACUAUUUCCUGGACGCGGGUCUUGGCAAAAUACGAGCCACGCAAAAGGCGCCCAGACAUACAGUCGAUGAAGCUUUCGGCCUACCGCUUUUGUUUGAGCCCGGAGAGGGUUGGGCGUAUAGCCCUAGUCUCGACUGGGCCGGCCUACUCGUCGAAAAGUUGACCGGAUUGACUUUGGACGAGUAUAUGGUUAAGAAUAUCUGGGAACCACUAGGCGCCCAUAGUUCUACUUUCUUCCCCGAUCAACACCCCGAUAUCAAAGCUCGCCAAGUGCCUAUGGCGUACCGCGAUGAUCCCGAUGGGCCGGCCGUCGAGAAACCCGAUGUCAAAACGAUUAUUUCGGGAUACAAACAUUGCUUCGGCGGACAGGGUUUGUUGUCGAGCAUGGAAGACUGCUUCAAAUUGGUGUACUCUCUGCUUGUGGACGACGAGAAAGUGCUGAAGAAAGAAACGACUGCGUUGCUCUUUACGCCCCAAUUGACGUCUGCGAGUAAAGAAUCGAUGCACAAGUUCAUGGAGACUCCUGCCAUGAAGGUGAUGUUCCCGUCUCCGGUCGGUGUUGAUCGGGACCAUAGUCUUGGUGGGUUGCUCAUUGCUGGUGAUGGACAUGAGUAUUGGCGAGAAGGGACGGUGAUGUGGGGUGGUGCGGCGAAUCUUAACUGGUUUAUUGAUCGUGCUGCUGGAGUGUGUGGUGUUUUCGGCACCCAACUUCUACUACCUAGCGACCCGAGAAUGAGGAGCUUGAUAAAUGCUUUCCAAAAGGAUGUUUACAGGAGAGCGGGAAAACUGGAAUAAGAAGAAUUUCCUAUAGAUGUACAUUGAUGAUUAAUUGAUACGUGUAUCUACCACAUAAACAAUCUUCAACCAUUUCGUCAUUGAACGAACAACUUACGCCAAUUUCCCAA